CCCGCCGCGUCUCGAUGGUUACUCCCCUUUGAUUGCCUGGGGAGGGCGGGGAGAAAGGGCGCGUCACUUGUGGGCGGCGCUCUGCGCUUCCGGUUUGUCUCGUUGGUUCCGGCGGGCGGGCGGCGGUGAAAGUCACUUUGAGCCCAGUCGGCGGUACCGGCCAUGGCGGAGGACAUCAAGGCCAAGCUGCAGCGCUACAAGACGGCGCCGUUCGACAGCCGUUUCCCCAACCAGAACCAGACCAAGAACUGCUGGCAAAACUACCUGGAUUUCCACCGCUGCGAGAAGGCGAUGGCGGCCAAGGGAGCGGACGCCAGUCCCUGCCAGUGGUACUAUCGCGUCUACAAGUCCCUCUGUCCCACCUCCUGGGUGACAACGUGGGACGAGUACCGCGAGGAGGGGACCUUCCCUGGCAAGAUCUGAGCUUCACCCGCCGCCCCCCGGGGAGGGGACAUCUGCGUCACCCAGUGGCGGGGGGGGAGAAAAGGUGACAUGGCCGCCACCACGGGGAGGGGGGUGACACAGCCAAUCCCCACCCCGGGAGAGGGGACACCCGGCUGUCACCUGGGCAGGGGAGGGGACACCGCUGUCACCGGGGUGGUGGCAAGGCCAAUAAAGGGUUGAACUGGU